AUGCUGUGCCGUGGGGUACUGUGGCACGGUUCUGCUGGGUACCGCAGCGGGCACACGGGCACGCUCUGCCGCGCUGACACCGGAGCGGGGGUCCGGGCACGCUGUACCGCGCUGGCUCCUGGCACUGCUGUCUCACUUGCUUUUUUUUCUCCUCCUCUUUUCCGCCGCGCUCACAAGGCUGCCAAACAGAUCAAGGAUAGCGUGGCCAUGGCACCCGCCUUCCGCCUCUCGCUCAAGGCCAAGGUGAGCGAUAACAUGAUCCACUUGAUGGUGGAUUUCGCCCAGGAACGCCGCAUGCUCCAGGCCCUCGCCUUCCUGCCAGGUGACACGCUGAUCGAUGGUGACGACCACUACUGGGAGGUGCGGUACGACCGGGAGAGCAAAGCUUUCGGCGUGGGGGUGGCGUAUCGCAGCCUGGGUGACACGCUGAUCGAUGGUGACGACCACUACUGGGAGGUGCGGUACGACCGGGAGAGCAAAGCUUUCGGCGUGGGGGUGGCGUAUCGCAGCCUGGGCAAGUUCGAUCAGCUGGGCAAGACCUCGGCCUCCUGGUGCCUCCACCUCAACAACUGGCUGCAGGUCAGCUUCAGCGCCAAGCACGCCAACAAGGCCAAGGUGCUGGACGUGCCCGUGCCCGACUGCAUCGGCGUCUACUGCAACUUCCACGAAGGGUUCCUGUCCUUCUACAACGCCAGGACCAAGCAGCUGCUCCACACCUUCAAGGCCAAGUUCACGCAGCCGGUGCUGCCUGCCUUCACG